AGAAAAAACCCCGACCAAGAACAUGCUCGCUCGCGCAAAGGCCAAGGCUUCCGCUGCAGGUGACAAGGCCCGAACUGGCAAGGACAAGGGGAUUGCCAAGCUGUUGACCACCAUCAACAAGCUCCGGCCCAUCCUGCGGAGCGGAGGGUACGCCAUCGAGGCCGUCCAUCUCUCGACGGGUCUGCCGCCGCAGGCCUCGCUCAAGCUGCGCAACGUGGCCGAGGUUGACAUGGCGGCGCUGGAGGAGCUGGAGAACAGGCAGGAGCCGCCGCUGACCAAGACCCAGAAGGCGAUCGUCAAGAUGCUGCAAAAGGUGGAGCGCCUCGAGUCGACGUGCAACGAGAAGGGCUACGACGUGGGUCGCAUCGAUCUGACCACCGGGCUCAUUCCGGAGCUCACCCUCCGUCUCCUCCCGCAGGAUCCGUCGCCCGAGGGCGAUGAGGCUGCCGCCGCCCAGGACGGCGAGACCAUCGACGAGUAAGCUGGCGCACAUUGAACUCUCUAUCCAGCGCUC